AUGUCGCCCAAUCGCAUGGAUACGGUUUUUGCUAAGAUCGCGGAAGAGACUUCAAAAUUUCAACUUGGCGACGAAGAGAUUUGGCGCAAGCUAUAUGACCCUUUGUAUCCCGAGCCACCACAGAAUGUAACGGUCAUCCGUGAUGAGCGAUAUGGACCUUCGGACAGAAACCUCUUGGAUGUCUUUGUGCCACAUGGAAAUGAAUCAAACCGACCAGUCAUGAUGUAUGUCCACGGAGGAGGAUUCUUCUCUGGAGAUAAAUUGUGGACCGAGCAGGUCUAUUCCAAUAUUGGGUGGUUUUUCGCUCAACGGGGCAUCAUCACGGUGGUGAUAAACCAUCGUCUUGUGCCACACGUGCAGUACCCUGGAGGUGCAGAUGAUAUACAGUUGGCGCGCGAAUGGAUUUUCAAUCAUAUCUCCUCUACUAAAUAUGGUUGUGGGUCGGUCGAUAAGGUUAUACUGUUUGGUCACUCGUCUGGCGGUGCGCAUAUCGCGAUGAACCUUUAUGCUGCCGGCGAUCCGGAACGCGCCUCUCAGUCCCCUCUUUUUCCUCCAGUGGCCGGAGUGAUGUAUCUUAGUGUGCCAUUUUGGUAUGACCGGACGAAGCCAGUCCGCCAAAAGACCAUUCGUUCCUAUUAUGGAUCUGAUGCUGAAGAUGUCUGGGGGGUAAUAUCAAUCCGUGCCUUUGGACGCGUAUCCAAAUAA